ACUACCACUACAACCACAACUACCUACCACUACCUUCUACCACGACUAUCACCACCACUACCACCACUGCGUGGUAUCCAUGGCGACGUUCCGGGCCACGGCCAAGCGCAGGCUCCGUGUGGAACCCCUGGCUGGGCACGAGGGAGAAGCGGCUUCCUUGUUGCAGGGGGGGGCCCAGAGCCCCCCACUAGUGGGGGCCCAGAGCCCCCCACUAGUGGGGGCCCAGAGCCCCCCACUAGUGGGGGUCCAGAGCCUCCCACUAGUGAAGGGACCCCCUCGAGGGAAGGGGGUCAAGGGUGGAACCAUCUGGGGCUUUGGAUACCUCGAGCUGCUGUGCCUGCUGCUGCUGUUCGUGAUCGCCUCCUGCACCUUGGUCUACUUUGACGAGUUACACAGCCGAGUUCAUCUCGCCUACUCACACCUGGGGUACUCGUCUGCCCAGCACGCCCUGGGACAGAGAUACCUACAGGGUCUGGGUCUGGAAAAAAGUUCAGAAGAAGCUCACAAAUGGUUCCGGAGAGCGGCUGAGCAGGGUCACCCUCACGCCUCAUACCGCGUGGCAAUGGAGAGAAUCAACACACACGUGGAACACGUCAUAGACACUGAUGCCCAUAAGCUGCUGUCCCACGCGGCCUCCCAGGGGCUUCCUCACGCACAGCGGACACUACAGGAGCUGUGUCAGAAGGGACGGUGUCCCACUGCAGACAACAACAACACUUAGACAACAUCAACAACAACAUCAACAACACUUAGACAACAACAACAAGACACUACAGGAGCUGUGUCAGAAGGGACGGUGUCCCACUGCAGACAACAUCAACAACAACACUUAGACAACAUCAACACUUAGACAACAUCAACAUCAACAACAUCAACAACAUCAACAACAUCAACACUUAGACAACAACAACAACAAGACACUACAGGAGCUGUGUCAGAAGGGACGGUGUCCCACUGCAGACAACAACAUCAACAACAACACUUAGACAACAUCAACAACAACAACAACAUCAACAACAUCAACUACAUCAACAACAUCAACAACAACAUCAACUACAACAACAUC